UAGCAACGAAACAACCCCCUAUGACGAAUAAAUUCUACGUUGUGUUGCUCUUCAAACAUACAUAUUACACACAAAACAAGGUUUAGCGAUGACAGGGGAUUGCCAGUGUUAGUAGAAUUGAUAAGUGUCCUCAAUGACGUCGUUGUUCCGCUGCGCGGGUGAUGUUGUGUUUGACCACACUGCACCCAGGCCAGGCAGCAUCAGUAGCGUGCAGUUGAAGCAGUACUCGGAGACAUGCAACUUUCUGCAGUACUUGAAACCCCUCACACCACAGCAGCCAUGCUUCUUUGCACAAAUCAGAGGCAUCGCUCAGAACAGCAAGAUCACCCUGGGCAUUGCUGGUCCAGACAUCGAGGAUGAUGCUCACCCGGGCAACUGGAACAACUCUGUGGGUUACCAUAGCGACACAGGAAAGUGCUAUACAUCCCAUAAUGGCACGGCUAACACAGAUGGAGAAAAGUUUGGCAUUGGCGAUGAGUUUGGAGUGCUGGUGACGUACUUUGGCUCAACCAUGUCAACAGUAACGUUUCUAAAGAAUGGACAACCAGUUGCCACACGGUAUUUGUUUGAGACUAAUCACAGUCACUUCUUGCCCACCAUUGCACUAGAGAACGGACCAAUUGACCUGGGUCUCAUGUGGCCGGAGACUGUUGUCGGUGUUCCAGAGUUUACUGAGACCAACAUGCUUCACUGGAUCCGACCGAGCAUUGUUCAGUACAGCGUUGUAAACAACAUGUUUGUUGUUGGCAAGGAUGCUGGAGAGCCAAACAUCAUCCAGAGUCCACGACCACUAAGAACAGGCCAGCAGCAUUUUGAGGUGAUUGUCCAGGAGACGUCCCCCGAGGGGCGGGGGCCGGGGAUCACGCUGGCCACGUGUAGCCCCCUGAAACCCACCCCCAUCUGCUCCCUCUCGUCUGACUUCCUCAUGUGGCAGGCUAACGGCAAGAACUGUAAGGUGAUGGUGGGACAGCACAUCGGAUGGGGUGUUCACUACAACCCCCUCACACGAGACCUGCCUGGCUUCGACUGCAGGGCAGAACAGCUAGUGUUGUGCUACGUCUCCAUGGAUACCAGGAUCGGUCAUUACCAGAUGAUGUUGCAGCCUGCGGGCGGGUUCUACCCUGUUGUUGUCCUGUAUAGAGAAGCAUCUAAAGUUACAGUGGAUGUGGAGUCCAACCCCAUGCCGUCUGUAAAUGACAAGUUGGAUGAAGCAUUUCUCCGACUCAUGGAAGAAGCCAAGCGGACCCUGGCAUCCGCUGCAAUCAGUUCAGAGAUCAUCUUGUCCAUGUUUCGUAAGUCGGAUGCUCUCCAGGUUUUGAACAUGGAGAAGUACAGUCGGCUGCGUCUGCCAGCUGAGGAGAAGGGCAUCCACGUCAUACAGCUGCAGAAACCCUUCAACACCGUCAACAGGAGCUAUGUUCUGGAGAUUAGGAGACUCAAUGAGGACUCAGUUGUAUCCUUCGGUGUGGCGGGGUCUAGUUUCCCUCUGAAGAAACUGCCUGGGAAGUGUGCGGAAUCUGUGGGCUGGGUGUCGCGGGAUGGACGACUGUAUGCAAAUGAGAAGAACCAGGGCAACAUGCCGGGGGAGAGGUUCUGUGAAGGAGACACUGUUUCAAUGGAAAUAUCAUCUUUUGCCAAGGAGAUGUCUGUGUGUCUGUUCAGUAAGAAUUCCCGUGCCAUCGGCACCCGCUACUACACGGAGGGGGAGACGUCGGAGCACCUUCCCACCAUCGCUGUGUGCGGCAACGGCUAUGACGUGGAGAUACAUGUCUACUGGCAGACACAGAUCCUGUCCAACACCAGCUUCGGUGUGACCAAUGCUGACCACUGGUGUUUGCCGAGCGGCUCCAAAGUGGACCAGGCUACCUGUCGGGUGAACGUCCGGGAUCACAUAUCUCCGGUUGCACUCCAAGCUCCAUACAGUCUCAAUAGAGGGUACAAUCAUUUUGAAAUCAAGAUUAUUGACAAAUUUGACGACGACUCCCCUCCUCCAGCUCUGGCCUUGUCAACAGCGAGUCCCUUCGAUCCCCCGCCACAGUCCAACUUCAAGCAGGACUUCCUCCGCUUCUGGGCCACAGGAGAAGCCAGGGACGUGGUACAGAAGGGGGACUUGGUGGGCUGGGGACUGUUGUAUCUGGACAAUACCCUGGAGGAUCAUGAGGAGCAACUGGUCAUCUGCUACUUGACCGUCAACAGGAACAUGGUCCUGACCCGUGUCAUCUACCAGCCCCCGGGGGGCUUCUAUCCCCUGGUCAUCCUGCCCCCUGGUGUAAAUCAUGUUCAGCUUGACUUUUCCGCCUCCAUCAUCCAGUCACACCCUUUCACAAAGCAGGCAGUUGACAUUCUUGUCAAGGAGGCCAAGCAACUGAUUGACCUUGAAAACUCAGUACAAGCAGACGGUGGGGACCUGGAUGACCUUGACAUCAAAGACCAACUGUUCAAACCUCUCCCGGACAUCCCAGAGGACAUGCCCACUGAGAAGUAUGUAGAGCCAGGGAAGGAGGAGACAACUCCAGUCGUUCAGCCUGCUUCAGUUUCAAAUCAAGCUCCGCCUCCCCCCAAUUUUCUCCCGGCACCACAAGAAAGAGGCUUUGAUCCUAUCAUCACACAGGGAAACGCGAGGGAAAAGGUUAAACGAAGAAAUUCAAAACGGUCAGGAAAUGGGGAUGAGGCAAAAUCCAAGAGUUGUACAAUCUUGUGAUCAGGUUUGUCAUGUCUGUUCUAAGUUGUGCCAACUGUAUGUUUCUGUAGGUGUUGAAGAGUGUGGUAUUUUCAGGUAACUAUGGCUUCUGUGAUGUGAUUCUACUGCUGCCUCUUGUUGGAACGUGUAUGAUCAUGUCUAUGUAUCUUAGACGCAAUAUUUAAUGGUUAUACAUUCAUUCCUGUCUUCAGAAAACAUUCCAGUGUGAAUACCAAGGAAGUCCCUUGUCUUGUUCAUGCUUCUAUAAUUGAGGAAUUAAUUGCCAGUUAAUUUACAAUGCAGUGUAAAGCCACGGCUUGAAGUUCUUCAAUAGAUCACAACUGUCAGAGGAUUGCUGAAUACAGUUGAAGGAGAUAGUAUCUUCCAAAGUUUACAAAGACAGCUGUGCAAAUUAUUUACAUGUACAAAAUAAAAAUGUUUUUGAGCAGCUAAACAGCUAUGAAAACAAAGAAUCUUUAUUAUGUUUAAUGUAUAGAAAUAAUUUUCCCAUACACUGAAAAGUAAAUGGCAGUCGUUUCUGACUGGCCACUAAGCAUUAUGAAAUAGAGACACAUUUCUUGCAAUGUUAUUUAUAUGCAAUACAAAAUGGCUCACCUUGUUCUUGUGGAUGAUAUAUUCCUUAGUCGAUCUGUGUCAAAGCUUUAUCUGACCUCUUCAGGGACUGUUGUUAUAAUGUGUGACUGUUGUUUCAACUUACUGUAAUACCUGGCUGUAUAUUUGGACCUUGUUGAUUCAAGAUACUGGUCACUUUUUUGAGACCUGAACUGAUCUUUCAACUUUGAGUUGGUCCUCUAUGUUGUGUUGUGUCUGCAGAUCCUGAUAGGGUCUUCUCAUCAAGUUGAUGAAUUCCAAUUGAGGCCACAAAUCUUAUCUUCACCACAUAUUGUAACAGAUUUUUGAUGUCUGUAAUUAAUUUUAGGCCAAAUACUUAACAAUCUAUCUCAUUAAAAUCAGACCUUUUACUCUGAUAUGAAACCUCUCUCUGUGUUACGAUUUCAUAGAUAUACAUGUAUGUUUAACUUUCUUUAUUGGGGAAUCUUUGCAUAUCUCUUGAUUUGAUAAUGAUAUAUUUUAUAUGCAAUAUAUAUGUGAAAAAUGAUUGUUUCAUGACGGUCCUACUGAAGAUCUGAAUUAUAUAAUCUUUGAUCUGAAGUAUUAGUUGAAUAUGUGGCCAAACUGCCCUUUAUAAUUCAUUUUGUUUACAGUACAUUUACAAACCACAUUUAUAUAGAUGUCUGAUUUUGGAGGAGAUUUAUAUUUCCUGAAAUGGUUUGCCAAAUUUGGAACCAUAUCAUGAUGAUGGUACACAUACAAUCUCCACAGCAUUAAGUCAAAUCUGAUCCCACCGAAUAUUGGUUCAUACAGCUGCCUCGUUCACAGUGAUCUCCAUUGGUGCAGAACAUUAUACACAAGGGUUAUCUUGAUAGAUAUUAGAUGUAUUGCAGGUAAUAUGAACGAUAUAAGAUGUAUUGCAGGUAAUAUGAAAGAUAUUAGAUGAUUUGCAGGUAAUAUGAAAGUUACAAAAAUGUAUUGCAGGUAAUAUGAAAGAUAUAAGAUGUAUUGCAGGUAAUAUGAAAGAUAUAAGAUGUAUUGCAGGUAAUAUGAAAGAUAUAAGGUGUAUUGCAGGUGAUAUGAAAGAUAUUAGAUGUAUUGCAGGUAAUAUGAAAGUUACAAAAAUGUAUUGCAGGUAAUAUGAAAGAUAUAAGAUGUAUUGCAGGUAAUAUGAAAGAUAUUAGAUGUAUUGCAGGUAAUAUGAAAGAUACAAAAAUGGAUUGCAGGUAAUAUGAAAGAUAUAAGAUGUAUUGCAGCUAAAUUUGAAAGAUAUAAAAUGUAUUGCCUGUAAUAUGAAAGAUAUAAAAAUGUAUUGCAGGUUAUGUGAAAGACAAAAAGAUUGAUUGCUAGUAAUAUGAUCUCAUAGAUGCAUAAUAACAUACCUGUCUGUUUGGUUUAUGAAAUAUUUUUAUACACAUACUCAUAAUUCCUUCUGGAGUCUGUUAGGAAACAAAUGAUCUGUCAUGAUAUUUUGCUUAUGUUUAGAUACAAGGAAGCUGUACGUCUAGUCUGUUUCAUGACAACACUUGUCAUAUACUAGCUACCAUAAAAAGGAAUGACUUUUCAAGCUGAAUCAAAACAUAUUCAGUGUUUUGACUCUGUUGACUAACAAUGAUGCAACAGUAAAUAAUAGAAUAUUACAGUUCAUUUUCAUACCAUAUUAUUGCGGAUGUGAUGUGAUGCGAUACUUCAUUACUACAUAUGACAGUGUAAGACUGUGUCUGAAAGUAAUUACAAUCAAAGUGUGGAUAUUGCAUAGUCAACUCUGACCACCAACCUUCCCCUCCCCAGGUCGGUUGUCUACUGUUUUGUGUUCACUGCGCAAAAUAAACUGUUAUGUAUCGGGAGUCCUUCAAAACAUAUCAUUCAUUCUAUUGCCUAUGUGAAGCAAUGAAGCUGAGUAAUAUGCCAUAGCAAAAGAGGAAUUAAGUUGCAUCGGCAAGUGUAAAUGCAUUGUAACCUUGUUGCAUGAUGUCAUCAAUGGAAUGUUGCUGCAUGUUAGAAAUUGAGGGAAAUAUUUAAAUGUGUAUUAAUGUUUUGUCAAUGUGCGGUUAAAAUUAACAGUUGACUACUAAUAAUUAUACUUUUAUUAAAAACUGUUAAGGCUGUGAGUGUCCAUACAUAUCUCUAUAGUACAGUGUGGACUUAGUAUGGAAGAUAACAAGGGUGCCUCAUUUCUAUAUUUGGAGAGUUAGGGUUUCUAAAAUCUAUGUUAUUUAAUCUAUCUUAGAAAAAGUUAAUCCAGUAUAAUAACUUAUUUUGAUACAUUUUUGUUAUAGAUAUAAUAAGGUUCAUUUGAUGCAUAUUUUUGUUUUUAAUUGACACACCGUUUUGUCAGUUUUCUGGUAUUUUUGAAGAUCUCUUGUCCAAAAGACAAAGCCCGAUAAACACAAUAUUUUUGGUCGUACUUAUAUUUGUUUAUUGAAUAGUGAGUGAGUGAGUGAGUAUGGUUUUACGCCCGUUUUGGCAAUAUUCCAGCAAUAUCACGGCGGGGGACACCAGAAAUGGGCUUUUAUUGAAUAGAUAAAUGCAUAUUAAAAAUGUGUACUUUUUAAGAAUACUAACCAUGGACAUUCUGUAAUUUGUUUUAAAAGCUUUUGGUUUGGUUUGUUGUUUAACCCCGUACUUGGCAAUAUUCCAGCUACAUGACGUCAGUCUGUAAAUAAUCGAGUCUGGACCAGACAAUCCAGUGAUUGAUAUCAUGAGCAUCGAUCCACGCUUUUGGGAUCGAUGACAUGCAUCAACCAAGUCAGCGAGGAUGACCACCCAAUCCCGUUAGUCGCCUCUUACAAAAGUUUUAGGAAGAAUGGACCGAUAAUUUAGAAGAUAACCUAUGACACUUUUUAGGGAUGGUUGCAAAAGGAAGAAGUGCACAAAAUUGUGAAAAUAGGUACAUUUUGCAGAUACAAUUCAAAUUUGUAAAGUUCAGAUAGGUUUUACAAACAUUACAAUUAUACAGGUGUACACAGGAGCAUCUCACAAAUGAGGAAUUUCAGAACUAUUUGAUAAAACUUAACAUAAAACUCAUUAAGAGUAAUUGUUGUACUUCACUUCAUGAUGCUCUUCAAAUUAUGUCAGCAGAAGAGGGUAUUGAGGCUUGAAUAUGCACAGCAGCAUAAGGGUUAAUAGACAAGCAUACAACCUUCAUCGUAUGUAUAUUCUGAAAUUGUUGAUUAUUAACAUUGUUACUGUUGAUAUAUAUUUUAUGUAAAUGUGUUUGCAACUGAAUACAUCAUUUGUUAAUGUUGUUAUAUACAAUUUAUUUUGUUUGCAAUCUCUUCUCUCUGUGAUAUGUAAUCAUGUACACCUAUAAUGGCCACUUCUUUCAGUGGAUUUCCCUCCUUGCUUGUUAUCAACUGUGAUCAUCUGGUAAAUGUAGUUACAGACUUGAAAUACUUUGCAUUUUAUUUUUGUUUUGUUAUCUUCAGGAUGGUAUUCAAAGCCUGUUGGUUUGAUAGCUGAGAAUGUAGUGUUCGACAAGACCAAUAUGGUUUAUAUAAUUAUAUAUAUACCUGGUUACACUACUGAACAUUGAAGACCAGGGCCCACUUGCACAGAACAAUCUGAGUUACAAUCGAUCUUAGCCGGCUACAAUCAACUUUACAAUCACCAUGCAAUUGUCCUAUUCCACUUGCACAAACCGAUCUUAGCACGAUUGUAAGGCGGCUUGGAUUAAGAUCGCGAUCUUAACUAAGAUCAAACUCUUCAGCGGUGGAGGUAAAAAAACCUUGGUCACGCGUCAUUGGCUACGGUGUAGAGUUAUCUCCCUUGCAGCAGCAGUCAGACGAUACAUUGUUGUAAACCUGUCAGUCAGAAUGUCAACAGAAAAGAGAACAAGAACCAGUUUCUCCAAGCAAGAGCUAACUGUGCUCACAGACGAAGUGUCAGCCAAUAACGAUGUCUUGUUCGCCCCAUUUUCCCCGAUCGUGACGAAUAAACGAAAGGCGGACCUGUGGGAAAACACCGCCGAGAAGUAAGAACAAUGUACCAAUUUGAAAUACUGUAUAUAUACUAAUGGAAACUGAAACAUUUAUGUACAACAUUAAUUAGCUGGAUCGUAUUUCUACAGUUCUUUGUGCAGUAGUUUUCAUGACUGGAACAAGGACGAAUGAGGCAUUCUGUAUCGCGCAUACAGCUCGUCGUCACCUAGAAUUUCGAGUUGCAUGGUUCUAUCUCUAAAAACCCGUUCUCUCCUAAUAAAACUGUCAUAUUCUUCGCAAAAUAGCACCGAAGACGCCAUCUUGGAUGAUUGUAAGGACUUAAGAUUGGUCCGGACCAAUUGUAAGUUUCGAUUGUAACUUACAAUGAUCUUAGCCUACAAUCGCUUAGUGCAAGAUCGCAAUCUUAAGGAUUUGCAAUAAUUGUAGCGCUAAGAUCGUUUUGUGCAAGUGGACCCAGAUUGCAGUCUCUGGCCUUGUUUGAUUGGGAAAUAGAACUUAUAUGUUACUCAUCUCAUAUGUCAAGGAACAUCUCUCUUCAUCUGUUUGUGUAACACACAGUUUGGGUUGUAUUAGGCUCAGGGAGCUGAGAAUGCAUUUGAUGCACACAGAUGUAUUCCUCGGUGUAAUAAUGCAAACACAUUAUUAUAAUUAUGAUUAUGGUUGUUACUCACUAGAUACAUUAAGAAAGAAGGAGAAAUACUCCCGUAACAUUCCGUAAGUUUAUUCCAGAUUUUGAAUAUAUCAUCUUCCCGAGGCAAGAGAGUUAACUGUCUUUAAAAGUCCAGUUCCCACCCUUGCUGAACUAGGCUGGAAUUCCUUGGCUGGAUCGUAGCGCCACCAGUGGUUAUUAUGAGUUAUGUUCUUUCUAAACCUCUCCUAUGGACCAAUCAGAUCCCAUCUCAUGUAUCACUUGCAUUUGAUUCAAACCAAAUGGCGGUGCUGAGAGAAGACGAUCUGAUCGAUAAUGAAGAUCUAUAUUGUGAUAAAACGGGUCUUACAUCGCAAAGUGCAUCAAAUCACGUGAGCACUUUGAUUAAAAUCAUGAAAAGAUUUGGAAAAUAUCU